AUGGCUCCCCGUUCCCAGCUUGAAAUUGUUACCUCUUCGGUUACCCGUUUGGUGAAGGAGGAGGCUUCUUACCACCGUGAGCUGGAGCAGCAGAUCGAGCGGAUCAAGAAGCUCGAGUCUAGCCAGGAGGGUGAUGACGAGAACAAGGAGUUCCUCGCUAAACAAGAGAAUAUGGCCAUGGAAGAGACAAAAAAGGUCCUGCCUUCUCUUCGCCAGAAGAUCGUUGACUCUGUGAAGGAGUUGGAGGCUCUGAUUGCUGAGGAGAGCCAAAAGGGUACCGAGAGCAAUGCGGCGCACAUCACCGCUGCCCAGGAGGCCAUUUCCAAGGCCAAGGCAGCCCAACGCUAA